AAAGACCGCCCAAAAGAUCCCGGAUGCGUUUCCAUGGAGACUGCGGGGAAUCCAUGCCUAAGGGGCUGAAAGAUGGAGAAAUACAAGAAGAUCCGGGUAGUCGGCCGUGGGGCAUUUGGAAUCGUGCACCUGUGCCUUCGUAAAGCUGACCAGAAGCUGGUCAUAAUAAAACAGAUACCCGUGGAACAGAUGACCAAAGAUGAGCGCCUAGCUGCUCAGAAUGAAUGCCAAGUAUUAAAGUUGCUCAGCCAUCCAAACAUCAUUGAAUACUAUGAAAACUUCUUGGAAGACAAGGCCCUUAUGAUUGUCAUGGAGUAUGCUCCAGGUGGAACAUUGGCAGAGUAUAUCCAGAAGCGCUGUAAUUCAUUGUUAGAUGAGGAUACCAUACUGCAUUUCUUUGUCCAGAUCCUUUUGGCUCUUCAUCACGUCCAUACCAAGCUUAUCUUACACAGGGAUCUGAAGACCCAGAACAUCCUGCUGGACAAACACCAAAUGAUUGUCAAGAUUGGGGACUUUGGAAUCUCAAAGAUUUUGAGUAGCAAGAGUAAAGCUUACACAGUUGUGGGGACUCCAUGCUACAUCUCGCCAGAGCUUUGUGAGGGAAAACCAUAUAACCAGAAGAGCGACAUCUGGGCAUUGGGAUGUGUUCUCUAUGAACUAACAAGCCUUAAGAGGGCAUUUGAAGCUGCUAACUUGCCUGCCCUGGUUCUGAAGAUCAUGAGUGGAACAUUUGCCCCCAUCUCUGACCGUUAUAGCCCUGAGCUCCGACAUCUCAUACUUAGCAUGCUGAACCUUGACCCGUCCAAGAGACCUCAGUUAAAUGAAAUAAUGGCUCAUCCCAUCUGUAUCCCAGCACUUCUCAACCUAUACAGUGAUAUUGGUAGUGUAAAGAUGCGCAGGGUUGAAAAGCCUCUUGCUUCAGUACCAGCAGUGAGUCGGGUACGCCCUGCAUCAAGGAUCCCUAGUGCAAGAUCCAGAGGUGGCCGGGUUGGCCAUUCUCCUGCAAAACCAGGUAUCCCACCUCCUCUCUCUUCUGUAUACACCUGGGGAAGUGGGAUUUCUACCCCUUUACGCCUCCCCAUGUUGAACACCGAAGUUGUGCAGGUCUCAGCAGGGAGGACUCAGAAGGCCGGAGUCACCAAAUCCGGCCGACUAAUCAUGUGGGAGGCAACUCCUGUUGGAACUGGGGCUCCUUCCCUCCCCGGAUCCAUUGAGCAUGCCCAGCCUCAGUUCAUCUCCCGCUUCCUAGAGGGCCAGUCUGGAGUGACAAUCAAGCACGUGUCUUGUGGAGACCUAUUUACCGCUUGUCUUACAGACAGAGGUAUUAUUAUGACUUUUGGUAGCGGGAGCAAUGGUUGUCUGGGACAUGCCAAUUUCAAUGAUGUUACUCAGCCUAAGAUCGUGGAGGAUCUCCUGGGCUAUGAGAUAGUUCACGUGUCCUGCGGGGCUUCACAUGCCAUUGCUGUAUCCAAUGAAAAGGAGGUGUUUUCCUGGGGCCGCGGGGACAAUGGGAGGCUCGGUUUAGGCAGCCAGGAGUCUUAUAACUCCCCCCAGCAAGUCAUCAUCCCACCGGAGUACGAAGCACAGAGGGUUGUGUGUGGCAUUGACAGCUCCAUGAUACUUACAGUGGCAAAUCAGCUUUUGGCCUGUGGGAGUAACAGAUUUAAUAAGCUGGGCUUUGAUCGCAUCUUGUCUGCAAGUGAGCCUUCUUCGGAGGACCAGGUGGAAGAGGCUUAUACCUUCACUCCUAUCCAAUCAGCACCUCUGAACCAAGAAGCCAUCCUGUGUGCAGAUGUAGGCACCUCACAUUCAGCAGUCGUAACAGCAUUAGGUCAGUGUUACACCUUCGGCAGUAACCAACAUGGUCAACUCGGUACCAGUGCUCACCGAAACAGCCGCGUGCCUUGCCUUGUGAGUGCCCUGCAAGGUGUAAAGGUGACGAUGGUGGCAUGUGGGGAUGCGUACACUGUCGCUGUAGGUGCAGAGGGACAAGUAUUCACAUGGGGAAAGGGAGCCAGGGGACGUUUGGGACGUAGGGACGAGGGAAUUGGAAUACCCAAAAUUGUGCAGCUGGAAGAAAACCACUCCUAUGUUGUAACAUCAGUGGCUUGUUGCCAUGGAAAUACUUUAUUAGCUGUGAAACCAAGUCUGGAAGAUAUUUCUGUGUGAAGCAAGGAUUUCAGAUAGAUGUCAGGACACACGUCUGUGUGGGAAGGCAGCAUUGACAAGUCACAUUCAAAUGAGCCCUCCUUAUGACUGAUCUUCUGGAGCAGCGCUGCUUUUCCCUGCAAGAUAGAGAGAGAGAGUGUAACUAGAUCUUAUCUCUGACAGACCGGGGCAUCAUAGCCUCACAAUUGGUGCCACCAGAGAGAGCAAAGCCAUGAAAAGCUGUUACCUUCUUUAGUGUACUGAAGGUAACCUGGCUGAAACCAGACUGAAAUGCAUCUGUUCUCAGUAAAAUAUACUGUGUUGCUGGGUGCAGAAUGAUUAUAUACAUCUAACACAUAAUACACACCCCCACCAUGGUAUGGGAGCCAGCAAUACCUUUCUGCCAUUGUACAUAAUGCAGGGCACAAAGUGCAUUUGCUAUGGGAAGGUAUGGGAGUUCAGUAAAAGCUGGAGGGUCACAGGUUGGGCUUUAUGGAGUUAAUAUUUUUAUAAAAUUCAAUACCAAAAUGUUCCUGCACUGCCAGGUAUCCCAGCAUGCUUUCUGUUCUGCAUCAGUAUUUUGGGCGCCAAGAUUUUAGCCAAAUCUACCAGCCAAAAGGACAUUUGCAUUUAGUUUUUUUCUUAUUCUAAUACUGUAUGUUUUAUACGUUAUGUACAUAUUUGAAUUUAUUUCAAUUGUCCAUCUAUUUAUUGUGUAUCUUUUAUUUGAAAAUGCCAGGCAGUAUUGUACUUGUGCGAAAUUUAGUAUUUUCUAUAAUGGAAACUUGCCUACCAAACCCUUUCUAUUGUAUCAGUGUUUGAUUAAAGGGCCACUACAGCCCCCAACAUUUAGCCCCUAAUAUGCUGAUUCAGCCAUUAUAGGUGAUAACUGAGCAACUUGCUGAUUCAGCCAUUAUAGGUGAUAACUGAGCAACUGGAUAUGUGGUAUUUAUCAACACAGGUAAUUACUAAAAUGCACAAAUCCAUCUUGGAUCAUGUCUCGGGCUGAAUGACCAGGCCUCAUACAAUAUUAUAAUCAAGCCAUCUUUUAUGGAUAGGCACCGACAUGGGCCUCAGACUUUACUGAAUCAACUACUUUGGUAUGAAAAGAUGCAGAGAAAAAUUGUGGACACUGGUCAAAAAAUACAUUUGACCAAUUCUAUUGACUCAAGGCUGACUUUCACCUAUAAGCACAAUCCUUAUUUUUGGGUUAUUUGUUUUCCAUGAAAGCAUCCUCAGUGUUGGACUUGGUCCCAACACAGAAUCUGAUGGCCUCCCUUUCAUACCACUCCUAAGCUGGGGAUCUUCUCGUACCCUAGUAUACCAGCCCAUCCCUGUGCAAAUUCCCAUAUACAUAGAACUAAUCCAUUGAAGAGCUCAAUAGGCUGUUGUGCCAAUUAUUCAUUAAGGAAUGAUGCUGUUUUGGGCAUUUCUUCAGGUGAAAUAAAAGACAGGAAGAGUCCUGAGGCUGGUGUGCACAUCAGCCCUUUGUAAAUAUGAAUUGGCACCUGAUUGAUCAGUUCAGUGGGUUGAUAUUUUGAACCUGAGGCCAGGGGGGUAGCAGGUCUUACACCACUAUAGGAAGAGCCAUUACCCUGAUUGCAUUCUCGGGCACUGUCACUUAGCUAGAUGCAGUAUAAGUGCAAUUUUGAGCACAAUUGCCAUUUUUCCCCCCCAGAAUUCAGAGUCCUGUGCCCACCACAAUUGCUUCCAAUUUGCCAGGAUGCACCUUUACUUUGUGGCAAAUCGGGUGCACUUUUCAAAGUCUGCCUGGCUGAUUGUUGGUCCAAAGACCCAUCAGGUUCAUUUAAAAAGCUGUUGUUUAGUUGGUUACCCACUUUCUAAUUAGUUAGUUAGUAGUUGACUGGAUAAGUUGCUUGUCUAUUUUUAUUAAAGGAGAACUCUGGCUUCUGAACCAAAAUCCCUGUAAUGUGUUCAUUGAAAAAGUAUGAAUAAAUACCAUUUAUAUGCUGAAAUCCAGCAG